AUGGCCUUUGAGCUGUCCCAGCGGCUGCUUAGUGAUUCAGUUUGUGUUUUCCUGAACCGCGUGGAGCAGCUUGGGAGGUGCAGCAAUUUGGAGGUGGUGCAAACACAUCCUUUUCCCGUGCUUCGCUUCUCCUUUUUGAGAGUGACGUGGAUGCGUGCAAUGUCACUGCCUGGCAAGAUGAAGCUGCGUGUUAGCGAUUUGUCCGGGUCAGGCUUCUCUGCUGGGGAGGCACUACCUGCUGGUUUUGCCGAUAUGAACUCCGUUCAGAAGUUCGCCAUUUGUGCAGCAGCAGCCUCCGCCAGCAAGGAGCUCUUGGAGCAGUCUAUGACAUCGGAGAUUGUGGCAGAGACAACGGCUUCACAAUACAUGGUGGUGCUGCCGCCGCCGGAGACAGUCACCGUUGGUUCGAUGUUUUUGGUCCGUUUGAAAGUCACUACAGCCAGUGGCGGUCCAGUCAGGGAUGUGCGGGUUCGAGUGGGCAUCAAGUCCCUUACAACCACGGCACCCGGCAGGACAUCACCAGGACUGCUGCAAUCCUUGGCAGUGCAGGGGAAUUCACUUGGUGUUGUGUCCACUGGGAACAUCAAACUAGAUCCCUUGACGACGGUAAGAAGCAGUGAUGGUUCUGGCAUCAUUGGGUUCCCUUUGACAGUGCUUAAAGCUGGCAGCGGCACAUAUCAACUACAAUUUCAGCCUGAUGUUCCAGACGGCAAGAUUGUUUUGACAACAAGUGCAUUCAAAGUCGAGAAUCCCAUCACUGCCAUCUCUUCCAGCUCACGCAUUUCAGAGAUGAAGAUCCCAAAAUUUGGGACGUCGGUGCCUGUACCAGUGGCUCCACAGUUCUGCAUCGAGACGGCUACCAACGAGUCCCUGCAGCAGAUGGACAAGGACGGCAUUAGGAUCUCUAUUGUUUUGCGCCUCAAAGCAGCUCCAGAGGAAAGGGAAUCGGCGGCAAUGAGUCUUGUCGCGCAGGCCAAGAGGGAUGCAAAUGAACAGGCUCAGAGAAUUGCAAAUGACAUGGCGACACGCCUUGCACAGACCCCCAAUACGGCGAUGAGAAGGGCUGUCGACACAAUGGUUGCCAGAGCUAAUAGCAAAGCCAAGGGAAUGUUUGCUGGCAUGUCGGAAGAGUUUGCGGAAGCCUGCUUCGCCACACCGGCAAAGCUGCUUCAAACAGGGGACCCCGCCGUCAUGGUGAAUUUUGGAAAUGCAACAGCAGUGGAUUUUGUGGGCGAACAAGCACCCAGCUUGGCAGAAGCUCUGGGAAUGGAUCCAACUGCCUUGGACCCCACACAAUCACUCAACCAGUUCACUGAAGUUUUGAUGUCUGCCGGGGCAGCUCUCACACCAGCACGUGAAAUGGCUGUAGAGGGCAGUUGGGAGCUGACUUUGAAUGACUUGGACUUCAAAGGAGGUUGCACCUAUGAACCUAAUCAAAGCUUGGUGUUUCCUUUCAAGGAGGGCAUGGAUUACAGCUUUUCUCUCUUUGUCAAUGGAGUGGAGGGCCCUUCGGAGCCUUUCAAAGUGCUAUUGAUCCCAGCGGAUCCAGUUGAUUUGGCAUUUAAUUGGUUUUUAUCUGCUGUGGCCGCCAUUGUGGGAGUGGUUCUUCUAACUACCAAUGUGACGCUUCAUCACUGGGCUUGGUUUGUUAUCGCAAUGCUUUGCACUUUGGGCAUGUGCAUCGGAUUGCCCUGGAUGACUUUGCACAAGGACCAGAGCCCAACCUUUGUGCUUUAA